AUGGACGCGCAAAAUGAACGUGAAUUUUUUGAUAAGGUUAUGAAGAUUUAUUGUGUUAUUCCUUUACUCUUUUUGAGUGGGCUGCUAUUUAUCACUGCUCCUUACGGAAAAUUCCAAUGGAAUAAGUUAAGGCUUUCAGGAAAAUUCGGAGAUAAUUAUCUUUAUGAUGAAGAUGGUCGAGACAUUUAUAAAUCACCAAGAUUUUUUCUAGGUGUUUUUAUCUUCUUAGUAGGAAUGACUAUUAAUAUUCAUCAUGAUAAUAUUUUAUUUUCAUUGCGGAGCAAUCUUGAUAAAUUCACUAAAUCGAAAUCAAUCACUAAUACAAGUUCUCCCUCUAGUAAAUAUGUAAUUCCAAAUGGUGGAUUAUUUAAUUAUAUAGUGUGUGCAAAUUAUUUUGGUGAAAUAGUUGAAUGGACAGGUUUCGUAAUUGCAGCCUGGUAUAGUUUUCCCGCAAUAAUGUUCUUGAUGACUACUCUCGCGAAUCUUAUUCCGCGAGCGAGAAGUAAUUUAAAAUGGUACAGAGAGAAAUUUGGAGACGCGUACCCAAAAAAUAGGAAGGCUAUUAUUCCUUUUGUUUUGUGA